ACGCCCAAAUUUCAGAGAAGGGCUGGGCUGAGCGUUCCUGCAGCGACACGAAAAGGAAAACCGCCAUUUUCAGCAACCACAAAGCAAAAGAAAUUGUUUACUAAAACUCCGACCAACGGCGGCACAGACCCACAACCCCUACUGGGUUUCAAUCGAUUUUUCUGAUUGUUCUUCCGCGAGCUCAAAUGGGUAGGUCGCCCUGCUGCGAAAAAGCGCACACAAACAAAGGUGCGUGGACCAAAGAAGAAGACGAGCGCCUCAUCGCUUAUAUUCGUGCUCACGGUGAAGGCUGUUGGCGUUCUCUUCCUAAAGCCGCCGGUCUCCUCCGCUGCGGGAAGAGCUGUCGAUUGCGGUGGAUUAACUACCUCCGCCCCGAUCUUAAGCGCGGAAAUUUCACCGAAGAAGAAGAUGAACUGAUAAUCAAGCUUCAUAGCCUACUGGGUAACAAGUGGUCUUUGAUUGCUGGGAGAUUGCCCGGAAGAACAGAUAAUGAAAUUAAGAAUUACUGGAACACUCAUAUUAGAAGAAAGCUCUUGAACAGAGGAAUCGACCCUGUUUCUCAUCGCCCCAUCAACGAGCCUGCUCAGGAAACGGCUUCAACCACGAUCUCUUUCAGUUCUAAUGAUGUGAAAAUGGAAGAGAAAUCAUCCAUGGCUGUUGAAGAUGAUAUUAAAAACGUAGAAAUCGAAACCCCAAAUGAAGAACGGUGCCCAGAUUUGAACUUAGAGCUCAGAAUCAGCCCACCAUAUCAGCCACACCCUGAGAAAAUGGUAGCCAAGAGCCUCUGUUUUGCUUGUAGUUUGGGAUUACAGAACAGCAAAGACUGCCACUGCAAAAUUGUGUAUAAUAUUGGGACUUCCAGUGGGAAUAACAGCAGCGUUGGGUAUGAUUUUCUUACCAUAAACAACAGGAUUCUUGAUUAUAGAAGCUUGGAGAUGAAGUGAAUUUCUGAUUUUUCUUGAAAUCUCUCCAAGUUCUUCACUUCCUCUGAUUUGUAAGAUUUACAGUUCAUAUUGGUAUAGUAUGAUUAUGAGUACAGUUGCAGAAUUAGUUCAUGAUUUUCCCUCUUUUUGAUACUCAUUUUGGCUGACUGAGAUGAACAAGAACGAAGUAGAUAUCAUUUUCUGGGAAAUGGGUACUCAUUUUUGUGCCAUAGAUAUCAAUUUUCUGUCCAUUGGAGGGUGUGGAUAAGCUCUGUGAGGAGGAGAAUGGAGGGUGACCCAUCUCUUCCAUAGUUAAAGCUCUGUUGUUUAUGAUGUUAAAAAGAGAGGUUGAAAUUGAUAUAAUAUAAAAAGGGGGGUUGAAGGAUCUAA